GUCGCAGUGAAGGAUGUCGAGGACUUUUGUUGGCUUUCUGAAUGGCUCGAGUGAUGGCCUUGAGCUUCUUCUUUCCAGCCUUGUAAUCGAGAUACUUUGCGCGCCAUUCGGGGACUAGCUCCUCUUCUAGCUCUCUAAAAUCAAAGCAUCAUCGAUCAGCAAGUAUACUCGGGAGAGAAGAAAGGAGACGCGAAGGAAGAAACAAACUUGGCGAAUUUCAUUCUGGGGACGGGUUGACCCGGACGGGCAUGAUAGUUUCAAAGAUAAAAACCAAGCUUCAAUUCAUCUUAAGACGCGAUCGACUGCAAGCAUUCUUUUUGGGUUGAUCUCCUCUCCUGAUAAAUAGCUCACUAACAAGUUCCCUUCCGGGAUGAUCACAGUGGAUAAGGCUAGCCAACAGCAAACAGGAGAUCGGACAUCCCACAAUCACAGAAAAAGCAAAGAAAAAGGUAAGACACAAAAAUUAGAACAGGGAGAAGAAGAAAAGAAAAAAAAUCAAAAAAGCAAAAAAUGGGAUAGACAUCCCAUGUCUGCGACAAUCACCGUACCAACCACGGCCCUGCUAACUGAUAAUUUGCGAAAAAAGAGAGUCGAUGACAGCCAAGAUGAUAGCGCCGCCUCUGGAACUUGUCCUGGCAUGCCUGCAGCCCGGAUAGGCCGCUGUGAUUGGUCAGGCCAAGCAAUGUGAACUCAAAGACACUGGGCGCUGACUGGCUGCUGAUAGGCCAAGACAGAACACGUGCCCCAGCUGAUGAGCUCAUUUGC